AUGUCCAAGAGAAACGGCAGCACUUCAGCCUCUGAUUAUACCGGGGAUGCGCAUCCAUCGAAAAGGGUGGCUAUAACUUCGAAUCCGGAUCCGCCUGUUGCGCAUAUCUCGAGACACAUCAGAGCUUGCACAACAUGUCGGAAACACAAGAUCAAAUGCUUCAUGGACGAUGCUGGUCCUCCAUGUCGAAGGUGUCAAGAGAAGAAGCUGAGCAACUGCGCGGUCAGCAAGAACCUACAAACCAUCAUUGAUGAGAAAACAGAACUGUCCGAGGCAAUGCUUUCAGAUAUCGACCAGAUGUAUACAGCUGUCAAGGAGAUGAGAACCAUCAUGGGAAUGCCCGACUUACCUCCUUUGCAAAUCUCACGAUUGAACAAGCGAAAGGAAAGCACAGCAGCACAAUCGUCAGAAGCGAGUAAUCAGCCGUUACCCGAGGACAAUUAUGGUCCCUCAUGCGACAACUCGCCUAAGCUUACGCCAGAAGACGACAGGUUGCCACACGCUCCAAUCCAUUCUCUCUAUACUCUGACUAGGAUGAGGGCACUGCGAUCACCUGGAAAUGGCAACGAUAACUCCAGUCAAGCGAUCAACGAUUUUAUCUCCCAAGGUCUGAUCACUUUGGCGGACGCUGAACGAUUAUUUGCCAUUUACCGCGAUAGACUAGACGGGUUUAUCUACUCCAUUGGCUGCCCCUACAAAACGCUGGAGCAGCUUCGUCGAAAAUCAUCUAUACUAUGUGCUGCUACUCUGACCAUCGCAGCACUUCAUGAUCCUACGGCCGACAAAGCCUAUGGUGUCUGCAGCGCUGAGCUUCGUCGGUUGACCGAAAAGUCAAUGCUUCAGCGCCAAGGAGACAGAGACUACUUUCGAGCCCUGAGCAUAGCAUCAUACUGGUUGAGUGAUUUGUCCUGGACGCUAUCAGGCCAUGCCAUCCGACGUGCUUCAGAAUGCAACAUCCAUAACAGCUACAGUCUGGCCAUUAAAGAGCAAUCUGAAGAGGCCAUGGACUCCGCGCGCAUCUGGUCUAUCCUAUACAUAUGUGACCAGCAUCUUGCAAUCCUCUACGACAGACCGGCAAUCAUUCAGGAUGACUGGCUUACGCAAGAUUGGGAAGGGAUCUUGAGCUCCCCUCUGGCUACUGACCAGGAUGAGAGACUAAUGAGUCAAGUCGAAUUGAUGGGCAUCCUGCGAAAUAUCAGACGUUUGUUUGGACCUGACAAGGGAGAAGAGAUCCCGCGGCUGUACUUGAGUCAACUAGGACAUUACCACCGACAAUUGGACCAGUGGAUCACCAAAUGGACCGAUCGAUUGCCAGAGGUACAUCCUACAAUCGGAGGAUUCCCCCGUAAAGGAGCACUCUUUCACUUCCAUUUAGCCCAACUAUACUUAUACUCACAUGUCUUCCGCGGCCAAUCGAACACAAUCCCCGGCCACUUUCUCGACACAGCAUCGAUGGCGGUUACAUCUGCAUCAGCUAUCAUCGACAUACUCCUAACCGAUCCAGAUCUUUCAAUAAGCAUAGUGGGAAUGCCAUCAUACCUUCUUUCCAUGACAGCAUUCGCAGCCAUGUUCCUUGCUAAGGUGUCACAUAAAUAUGGCGAUGACCUGUUUCGACGAGACCAGGCUCUUGAUCAAAUAACUCGACUGAUCAACCAUUUCCGACUGCUACCUAUGGGAAAAUGGCAUCUAGCUAACCUCAUGAUCAGAGGACUGGAGACUGUGACUAGUCUACUUAAACCACAAGGGGCACCAGCCAAAGCCCAAAAUGCCAUUACGCCUAUGUUGCCAGGAAGUGCAAACACUGGUCUCCAGGAUAUAUAUGGCACGGGUAAUGAUAUGUUUACAAGCAUAGACAGCAGCACGAUACCUACAUGGGACACAACCUUUGGAUUGUCUCCCAUAUUUGGCUUCGAUCCAUCCCUGCUUGAUGUCGACGGAUAUAUGCAGUCAAUGGCCAUCUUCCCGAAUGCUGAAUAA